AUGUCAGUCGACCUUAUUGAAAACGGUAAAAGAUUAGCUGCUUAUAAAGCAGUUGAUGAACAUAUUAGUCCUGAAAAUAAAGUAGUCGGUAUUGGUUCCGGCUCUACAGUCGUAUAUGUGAUUGAAAGGAUUCUACAAAAACCUGAAUUAAAAGAUAUUAUCUAUGUACCUACAAGUUUUCAAAGUAAAUUAUUGAUUAGAGAUAACGGACUAAAAUUAGGAUCAAUUGAACAACAUGACAUAAUUGAUGUAACUAUUGAUGGCGCUGACGAAGUAGAUAAAGACCUGAACGCUAUUAAAGGUGGGGGUGCUUGCCAAUUUCAAGAAAAAUUAGUAGCAGAAGCCGCAAAGAAAUUCGUGAUUGUUGCGGAUUUUCGCAAAGAAUCAAAAAGAUUAGGAACACAAUGGACUAAAGGGAUACCCAUUGAAGUUGUGCCAUUAUGUUAUCAUAUAGUUAUAAAAAGGAUAGAAAAUGAAUUAUCAAUUAAACCAAAAAGUUGUAAACUUCGUAUGGCUAUCAAUAAGGCAGGACCAGUGGUGACAGAUAACGGUAACUUUGUAAUUGAUGCUGAUUUUGGUCAGUUGGAAAAUCCAGCAAGUUUAUUAAAGGAAAUCAAGUUAUUAACUGGGGUGUAUGAAGUGGGCCUCUUUUGUAAUAUGGCAUCCAUCGCUUAUUUCGGUGAACAAGACGGAUCGGUUCAUGUUUUAAAGAAAUAA